AUUGAUUUUUGCUUUGAUUUUUUUUCCUCCUCCAUUUUAUAACAGAACUUCUGUUUUCUUCUCUUACUUGUCAAUUAUACCUCUCAACGAGUUUCAUCUAGUAACUAUAUCUAUAACCCUUCAGUGUUUCAUCAUGAUAGGAGGAGCAAUUUUAAUUACAUUUUUAAGCUUUUGCAACGGAAGGACUCUUGGUGACUUUGACGAUGGUGCUAUGGAGAAUCCUGAUUUAGUCGGAGGCGACAUGUUAGGUUUCAAUCCAGAGGAUGAUAGAAGUGCUGUCCCAAGAACAGAACUCUUAUGGCCUAAAGGAAUUGUUUAUUAUUUCAAAGAGCCUGGACUGAAUGAAACUGUACCGGACGUGGUUCUUCAAAGAGCUUUUGAUCACUACAAGAAUGUCACUUGCAUUCAAUUCAGACAAAGAAGAUGGGAGAAGGACUACAUUCGCCUCUUUUCAGGGCAAGGAUGUUAUUCUUAUGUGGGAAGAAAAGGAGGCGGCCAAGAAGUGUCUCUAGGAAGGAACUGUGGCCACGAAGGCAUAGUCAUACACGAACUGGGACACGCUAUCGGAUUUUAUCACGAACAGAACAGGUCCGAUCGAGAUGAUUAUAUAAAGAUUAACUGGGAAAACAUUAAAACAGGAGAGGAAGGUCAGUUUUUCAAGCUGAAGCCGCGUCAAAAUCUCCUCUUAACGCCAUUUGAUUAUAAUUCUAUAAUGCUGUACGGAUCAUACACUGGAUCAAAAAACAGAAAGGAAGGUCUCCGAACAAUGGAGGGAAUCGACGGAUCACUUCUUUUGGAUCCACUCACUAAAGGAAAACUCAGCGAAAGAGACAUAGAAAGAAUUAAUAAACUGUAUAACUGUAAAUGAUGUGUGUACUGUUUAAACUGUUAUUCAAUAAAAUAUCUGAUUAUUUUUCUCCUUAA